GAUUACUUUAGGAACGUUCGUAAUUUUGGAAACGUUGGAUAACUGCCGUAAAGUGCCAGUAGAGGGGCACUCGAUUAAGUAGAGUCUUGGAGACUUUUGAGGUUAUAAAAGGCGUUUUGGAAGAAAGUAACGGCAGUAUCGAAGGCUAGACUCUCUUGUAGCAACGUGAAAGGAUCUUCCUCAUCAGGGAAUACACAGAUAUGAAAUUGGUUAUGUGAGAAGCACGACGUUCUCGCGAGUGAAUUCUAUGUCAAUAACAUGUCGGUUCCAAAUAUCGUUAGGGUAAUGCGGGUGCAUAGGCUGGCAGAUUUGGAUGUCUGACAAAUAUUUAUGAAUGUAUGGGAUGAUUUAUUAAUAUUUACGGUUGAACAUGGUGAAGGAGAAGCCAAAUUCAAUCCGUAUCUACGAUUCGGAGGGUUAUAGGCGCAGAGCUGCAUGCAUCUGCGUCAAGAACGAUCUCGAGGAUGAGGUUCUUCUGGUCACAUCCAGUCGAAGGCCUGAUAGUUGGAUUGUACCUGGUGGAGGUGUAGAGCCUGAGGAAGAACCAGCAGUUACUGCACUUCGAGAAGUCAGAGAGGAGGCUGGUGUUCUAGGACAAUUGGGUCGUUGUCUUGGCAUAUUUGAGAAUGUGGAACACAAGCAUAGAACACAGGUAUGGGUAAUGCGGGUAACCGAAGAGCUGCCAGAAUGGGAAGAUUCACGUGCUAUCGGUCGGAAACGGAAAUGGUUCUCUAUACCAGAGGCUCUGCUUCAACUGGCAAAGCACAAGCCCGUCCAGCGCUCGUAUUUACAUAGCCUCCACAAUACUAAUCCACGGCAUAAUCCUAAUAUUCCACCAUCUCACCAACUAUUCAAGUGAUAAAUAUUUCUAGCAACAAUAUCCAUUUUAAUAAACACAGUUAAUAUCACACGCCACUCAUUUGCAAAAGCAAAUGUCAUUGAGAUUUGAUCUAUUUGCUGCUACUUUACCUCUUCUCCUAAAGGGAUUACAAUUAUUAUCAUUGUAUUUUAUACGUAAAAUAAUAUUAUACUUACUGUCCUUAUUAUUAUGUUUAUUCAUAUAGAUUGUGUUAAUAAACUGGUCCAUAAAGGAGCAGUUUCACUAAUUUGAUUUCCUAUUGUUGAUGAAAAUUUUAUAAUAAAACAUUCUAAGGAUUUUUGAGUUACAAGUUUAGUAAGUAUAUGAUCUGCAUAUAUAAAGUUCAUGUAUUUUCUUAUCGUUAAUUGAUACAUACACACACAUACAUACAUACAUACACACACACAUACAUCCAAAUGUGUGUGUACAUAUUUCAUACAUGUAUAUAUUCGAUAUAUACCAAAACGCGCGGUAUAUGAUAUAAAAUACUUAAUGUACAUUUAUUACAUUAUGUGUUUAUUUUGAUGUACACCAUAGCACAAGUAUCAUGUAAAUAAUUAGGAUUUUUGAAUGUAUUAUAGAAUCUGAAUUAAAAUAUUUCAUAACAAA